AUGACUACAAAAAACAGAUCCGAUUAUCUUAAAGAAGGACGAAACCUGCGCAAUAACCAGUAUGAUGGGAAUAACGGUGAAGUAGAAAUAAUUCAGUUGGAUUCAUCUGAUGAAAGCAUUGAAGAUGAAAGUGCCAGUGACGGCAAAUUCUGGCAAUUGAUGCGUGCCUGUGCACAGCGAAAAGUUAGAGUGCAUUCCUAUUCAUACCGUAAGCAGCAGUAUUUCGCUAUUGGUAGCGUUAUACUUCAUAGCACGGCUAGAACGAAUUUGAGGAAGCGUUUGGAUGAUAGUAAUGUGUAUUAUUAUGAUGUCGGUAGCGUGAUUCAACUCUGCACUGUUAUCAAAACUUCAACUUACGGGAUGUAUUUGAAAAGGCUCUCCAAACAGAAAUCCAGGUGCUUUGUUGCUGUGGCCGAGCCAAUUUUUCAGCAAUUAAGACCAUAUUUGCUGGAUGAAACAAGAAUACGACCUUCUUCGAUUGACACUAAUGGACCUGUGCCGGUCUUGAAAGAGGCUUCGCUAUUUAAUGAUAAAUACUUGCAAGAAAAAGCUUCGGCACAUUCGAAAGCUUCAUCCACAAGAGCUAUGAAUGAACAAGUGACAAUCAAUGAUAUUGAGGGUGAAUUUUUCGAAAAUCCAUGUUAUAUGGAAUUUUUAAUGAACUGGCUUAUGCAUACAAAUCUGGAGUGCGUUAAGAAUACCUGCGUUAUCAGACUAACGACAGAGCAGCAAAUUGAAUUGAAUACUAGAGAUGAAAAUUAUCAUCACGUUUUUAUGACGAUCAAUCAUCUACCAGCUUCGCACUUUUUUGGUUCUGGUUUUGGUUUGGAUCAAAAGAAAGCCUUCUGGGCGGCGAGCCGAAGUAUUGUAAGACGAUUGUAUCAUGCGGGUUUCAUAACACCAGUUUUGUAUCAUACGAUUGGGAAAUCUGGUAGAUCUGAAUUCUCCGGAAAGAUAAAGCGUUGGCAGCGCAUGAAGGAAUGGAAAAUUGUAAAGAAUGCAAUUGAAUGGUUUAAAAAAACGAUGACAUCAAAAAUGCCGCGAUGGGUUCAACUUACGAAGAAUGGAUUCAGUACCGAGGAAUUUGUGAAAAUGACAGAUGAGGUGCUUGAUGUCAAUCGAGUCGUGGCACAAAAACAUGAAAUGAGAUUGGAUGGACUUGAGACUGAAGAAACAAAAGUGAAAGGAACGGCCAAUUUUUUAAAUGUUUUGAGUGUGCCGUCGACAAGCACUGCUUUGAUAAGCAAUUCCGGAGUGAAUCUUUGUAAGAACUCAAGAACGAUGCUGAAAGAUGAUGUUAUUUCUAUGGACGAUGCGUUUCCUAUCUCUCUCGCGAAAACUGUCAAAACGGCAAUAGUUAGCAAUCAAGAUGCCAAUCAUGGUGUUUAUGCUGGUAGGGCAUUUGAUCCAAAAGAUUAUGAAUUUGAUUUGGAAUUUUAA